AUGGCACGCAAAGAUAAUGGAAAGAAAUCAAAAAGUAGUUCUACUACUCAAAAAAAAAGUAAGGAUGUUAAAAGUCAACCAUCAACGGAAGUUAAAGUAGAUAAUAAACAACCAGGUCUUUUAGCUCAGACAGCAUCUACUGCUGCUGGUGUAGCUGUUGGAAGUGUUAUUGGAAAAUCUGUUACUGAUGCAUUAACUGGAACUUCUAAACCUAAUUCUCAAGAAAAGUCAAAAUGUCAUAUGGAGUUAAAAAGUUUAUUUGAUUGUUAUACUAAUAAUAAAACAACAGGUACUUUUCAGCAAUGUGAAAGUUUUAUGGAAUCAUUAUUCAAGUGUUUUAAUAAAACGAACUGA